UUAAAAACACACCUCUCUCUCUCUCUCUCUCUCCUCAUUCUCAUGAUAUAGAACAGCAGAACCAGAAACAACGGUCUCCCUCCAUAAAUUUCUCUCUCCCUGGAAUUCUGCAUGCUCUUUCUCGCUAUAAACAAUUUCCACAUUCUCUCUCUAGAAAAAUGGCGGGAAACGACUGGCUCAACAGCUACCUCGAAGCCAUCAUCGACGCCGGACCUAACCUCGGCGACGCCAAGUCCUCUCUUCUGCUCCGGGAGCGCGGCCAUUUCAGUCCCACUCGCUACUUCGUCGAAGAGGUAAUCACUGGCUUCGAUGAGACCGAUCUCCACCGCUCCUGGGCUCGGGCCUCUGCAACGAGGAGUCCACAGGAAAGGAAUACCAGAUUGGAAAAUAUGUGUUGGAGGAUUUGGAAUUUGGCUCGAAAGAAGAAGCAGCUUGAGGGAGAGGAAGCUCAACGUGUGGCUAAACGUCAUAUUGAUCAUGAAAGGGGACGCAGAGAGGCAACUGCUGAUAUGUCAGAAGACUUAUCAGAAGGAGAGAAAGGGGACACAGUUAGUGAUCUGCCAGCUCAGGCUGAUAAUUUUAAAGGACAAAUGCGGAGAAUCAAUUCUAUUGAUGUUAUGGAGAACUGGGCUAGUCAACACAAGGAAAAGAAACUCUAUAUUGUAUUAAUAAGUCUUCAUGGCUUGAUACGUGGUGAAAAUAUGGAGCUCGGUCGUGAUUCUGAUACAGGUGGUCAGGUUAAGUAUGUUGUAGAACUUGCCAGGGCCUUAGGUACAAUGCCAGGAGUUUAUCGGGUUGAUUUGCUGACAAGACAAGUAUCAGCACCAGAUGUAGAUUGGAGUUAUGGUGAACCAGCAGAGAUGCUACAUCCAGUAAACUCUGAAAAUCCAGUACAGGAGAUUGGUGAGAGCAGUGGUGCUUAUAUAAUCCGUAUACCAUUUGGACCAAAGGAUAAAUAUAUUUCAAAAGAACUCCUCUGGCCCCAUAUUCCUGAAUUUGUUGAUGGUGCACUUGUCCACAUUAUACAGAUGUCCAAGGUUCUUGGAGAGCAAAUUGGUAAUGGGCAACCAGUCUGGCCUAUUGCAAUCCAUGGACAUUAUGCAGAUGCUGGUGACUCUGCUGCUCUUCUCUCUGGAGCUAUAAAUGUACCAAUGCUUUUUACUGGCCACUCACUAGGACGAGACAAGCUUGAACAACUCCUGAAACAAGGACGACAAUCAAAUGAAGAAAUAAAUGCAACUUACAAAAUUACUCGGCGGAUAGAGGCUGAGGAGCUAACCCUUGAUGCCUCUGAGGUUGUAAUCACCAGCACGAGACAGGAGAUAGAACAGCAAUGGAGUCUAUAUAAUGGCUUUGAUCCAGUAAUAGAGCGAAAACUACGAGCCAGGAUCAGACGCAAUGUGAGCUGUUUAGGCAGGUUUAUGCCUCGUAUGGUUAUAAUUCCUCCUGGAAUGGAAUUUCAUCAUAUUAUUCCACAAGAUGGGGAUAUGGAUGGAGAAAUUGAAGGAAGUGGAGCUGAUCCAUCUUCUCCAGAUCCACCAAUUUGGGCAGAGAUAAUGAGAUUCUUUACCAAUCCUCGCAAGCCUAUGAUACUUGCUCUUGCAAGAGCAGACCCCAAAAAGAACAUUACAACUUUGGUCAAAGCUUUUGGAGAGUGCCGCUCACUCAGGGAGCUUGCCAAUCUUACAUUAAUAAUGGGCAACCGUGAUGACAUCGAUGAAAUGUCUAGCACAAAUGCAUCUGUUCUUAUUUCAAUACUUAAGCUGAUUGACAAAUAUGAUAUGUAUGGCCAAGUGGCUUAUCCUAAACAUCACAAGCAGUCUGAAGUUCCUGAGAUUUACCAUCUGGCAGCAAAAACAAAGGGUGUUUUCAUAAAUCCAGCUUUCAUUGAGCCAUUUGGGCUGACUUUGAUAGAGGCUGCAGCUCAUGGUUUGCCCAUUGUUGCCACAAAAAAUGGAGGUCCUGUGGACAUUCAUCGGGUUCUUGAUAAUGGUCUACUGGUUGACCCCCAUGAUCAACAGUCAGUUGCUAAUGCUCUUCUAAAGCUUGUUGCAGAUAAACACCUUUGGGGAAGAUGCAGGCAGAAUGGACUAAAAAACAUCCACCUUUUCUCAUGGCCAGAGCAUUGUAAGACAUACUUAGCUCGGAUAGCCUGCUGCAAACAGAGGCAUCCAGAAUGGCAAAAACCUGACGAUGGAUUUGAAAGUUCAGGAUCAGACUCACCUGGUGGUUCCUUGAGAGAUAUACAGGAUAUAUCUUUAAAUUUGAAGCUUUCAGUGGGUGAUGAAAAAAAUGAAGUCAGUCGCACUCUUGACAAUUAUUUAGAUUCUGAAGAAAAUGCUGUAGAUGGAAAGAGCAAGUUAGAGAAUGCUGUUUCUUCAUGGUCAAAGGGUGUUUCUGUAGGCACACAAAAGGAUGGGUCCAUCUACAAAUCUGAGCAUCAUAUUGGUAGUAGUAAGUCCCCAGCAUUGAGGAAGAGGAAGUAUAUUUUUGUUAUUGCUGUGGAUGGCGAUGGAACAACUGAUUUUCUUGAAAGCAUUAAAAUGGUUGUUGAGACUGUCAGGAAGGAUAAAUAUGCUGGAUCCGUAGGGUUCAUAUUGUCAACUUCCUUGGCCAUAUCUGAGAUGCACUCUCUUCUGGUAUCAGGAGGUCUAAGUCAUUCAGAUUUUGACGCUUUUAUUUGCAACAGUGGUACUGAACUUUAUUAUCCAUCUUCAACUUCUGAAGAUGGCACUCCUGGGCUUCCAUUUCUAUUAGACUCAGAUUAUCAUUCACACAUUGAAUACCGUUGGGGUGGAGAAGAUUUGAGGAAAACUUUGUUACGCUGGGCUGCUUCUACCACUGAUGAAAAGGGGGAAGGACCAAUUGUUUCUGAAGACAAAUCAGGAUCAACCACACAUUGCUAUGUAUUCAAAGUGGAGAAACCAGAAUUGAUCCCCUCUAUCAAGGAACUUCGAAAGUCAAUGAGAAUUCAGGCUCUUAGGUGCCAUGUUAUAUAUUGUCAAAACGGUAACAAGCUGAAUAUCAUCCCUGUCUUGGCUUCUCGAUCUCAAGCCCUCAGGUAUCUGCAUGUCCGAUGGGGCAUAGACUUGUCACAUGUUGUGGUCUUUGUGGGAGAACAUGGGGACACAGAUUACGAAGGAUUGCUCGGUGGACUCCAUAAAACAGUGAUACUGAAAGGAGUUGGCUGCAGUGUUGGUAAGCAUCAUGCUCACAGAUAUUACCCUCUAGAAGACGUUGUGCCAUUUGAUAGCCCCAACAUCACUCAGACCGAAGGAUGCAACAGCAACAGCAUAAGGGCAUCUCUAGGGAAACUAGGGGUUCUUAAGGUUUAAGAAAUUACAGGUUUUUCCUUUCCUUUCCUUUCCUUUCCUACACGUAUAUGAUAGCAUAAAACGCCAGAUAUGGCCAUCUCAUCGCAAGGAACCCAAUAACUUGCCAAAAAAUGACCUCUUUUUCUUCUAUAACCUUGCUUUCUAAAUGAAUAACUGAAACCCCAUCUGAAUUGCACUCUUGGGUUUAGGUGUAUCUACUGGAAUCCUAGCUCAUCUUUGUCUGAAACAUUUUUGUAAUACAACAAAGGCGGUUAUGCUAGGGUACAUGAUUGUAAGGACAGAGUACCAAGCUCAAUUAUUGCGUUUCAUGUAUUCUUCUUCUCUUUGUUGUUUAGCUACGUGGUAGUGAAGUCCUAAAUCGAUGAGCAACUGGUCUCCUAUUUACCUUUAAA